AUGACCGCCGACAACGAGACCAGCACGAUGCAAGGCAUCGCGCCAUCAAACCCGGCUGCAGACCCUUUCUGGCACAUCCCAGGCAUUAUGUGCAACAGCUGCUCGCAAAAGCGCUGGCUCGACUGCGACUUUGCCCAGAACGGCGCUCCUUGCAACAACUGCAAGCACUUCUGCGGGGAAAAUGCCAACCACCGGUGUAAUCCCACCUCCAAGUCGUGGAGAGACACGAUCCUCCACAUGGCAGGGGAGGCGCUCGCCGCCAGAAACACCCCUGUCGUGCCAGACCCCAAAGACCGCAACGAAGGUGUCCCAAUGCAGCAUAUACCAGCACAGCACAUGGGCCCUCGGCCUUCAAACACUCCUCCAGCAUUGCCCCAGGGCAUCCAGCAAGAUGCGUUUGCGGCGUUUGGCGCACCAAGACCCAACACGCCCCACAGGCAGGGUAAUUCACACACGGCAUAUGCCACACAUGGCUAUGUCCCGCCACCGCCGCCUGCACCACCAAGCAGCUUGUACGUGCCAGCAGGCUGGUACUGGGUAUGGGACCAUACCUACCAGCGUCCGUACUAUGUACAGCAGAUGACUGGCCGUACGCAGUGGGAGAAGCCGCAAUACGCCUUCCAGCAACCGCCGCCACCACCACCUCCGCCAUCAACAACUGCGAGUAUAGCGUAUGCAUCCCCGCGACCGCAAGCACGACCGAGCACACGAAACGAUCAAGCCAACCAUGGCGUCGCAGCUCCGGCUCGAGAUAUGCGGCAGGCAUCCCGGCUGGCACCCGGGCAGAAGAGAGAGAGAACGCCGGACGAAGACGAGGAGGACGGCGAUCAGAAGAGGUCGAAGAGAGAUUGA